CCCAGUGCCCCGAGGCGGGCUCCUGUUGCUUUCGGAUCGUUCGGUACGUGACGGCUUCUCCGAGCGGCGCCUCCCGCCCCCGGCACAGAGUCACACACGCGGGGGGGAAGAGGAGGCGCCCCCCGAGCGCCGGCCCCUCAUGCACCGCGCCGACCUGCAGCUGCGCCCCGCAGGCAGGAGGGGGCCCCUCUCUCGGGCCCCAGGAGCAGCGCGUGUCGCAACUCCCCCUCCCCAGCCGGGGCAGCCUCCUCUGGGGAAGAGAGCAGCAGGCGGGCGGCCGCAGUGAGCAGCCACGGCGGGGCCCUCCGGCGCCCCCAGAGACCGGCACGGGGCUCAGGCACCAGCAGAAUUCCACUACUGUGCAAUGAAAGGAAUCUUCAUUCCUGGGAAUUGAAACUGGUGGAUUAUUCCUGGCUUCCUUGAUGAUUAUAAAAUGGAGCCCCUAUCAUUCAAAGUUAAAAAACUUCAAGCACCCACUGAUAUCUCAGUGGAUUUUAGUCUCCAGCUUGUUGGUUCUCUGCCAGUGCAUUCUCUAAUCACCAUGCCAAUGCUGCCUUGGAUUGUGGCAGAGAUUCGGCGGCUCAGUAUGCAGUCUUCCAUGGAAGAACCUAGCACCAGCCAAAUCCGGCUUUAUGUUUCACCAGUAAGCCUGCGAUGUGAACCAGACACAGGAAAGAGCCAACAGUGGGAUCCUUUGAUUUGUUCCAGCCUGUUUGAGUAUAAGCCACAGCAUGUCCUCAAACUGAUUCACAAUAGCCACGAUCCAAGUUACUUUGCUUGUCUGAUAAAGGAUGGAGCAGUAAAUCAGCAAAGUAUCUGUUAUGUAUUCAGAGCUGCUGAUCCAACAAAAGUACCUGAGAUUAUUGGCUCCAUUCGACAGGCUGGAAAAAUUGCUCGCCAAGAAGAGUUCCAGAAUAAUCCAUCUGAAGUUGAAGACCCUUUUUCCAAAAAGUUUGAGGUGUUGUUCUGUGGACGAGUGACAGUAGCACACAAAAAUGCGCCCCCAGCAUUAAUAGAUGAAUGUAUAGAAAAAUUUAACCAUGUUAGUUGUACCAAAAAAUUGGAAUUUAAUUCAUUGUCCCAACAACGUGAAACUGCCAAUAAUUCUGGAGGAUUAUCAUUCAGUGAUAAAUUGCGAUCUGUUUUCCAACCCUUGGUCGGUGAAGAAGAAGAGAAAAGACCAAUUAGGAAAUCUUAUUCUCAGCCUGGGCUGCGUUCCUUUUCUUUUAAAAGGGACUUGCAAGAUGGGAGUUGCAGGAGUAACAGUUUUGCCAGCUCUUUUGAUGAAACUGAGACUUCGCUGAACCUAAAACGUCAACUUGGCUAUGGACACAACGUUGUGCAGCCAACAGAUAUUGCAGGAAACCGGACUAUGUUGUUCACGAUUGGGCAGUCUGCAGUUUAUCUCAUCAGUCCUGACACGAAAAAAGUAGCACUUGAGAAAAGUUUCAAGGAAAUAUCCUUUUGCUCUCAGGGUAUUAGACAUGUGGAUCACUUUGGAUUCAUCUGUAGAGAGUCUUCAGGAAACGGUGGCUGCUACUUUGUCUGCUACGUGUUUCAGUGCACAGAUGAAGCCCUGGUUGAUGAAAUCAUGAUGACUUUGAAACAGGCUUUCACUGUAGCUGCUGUGCAACAAACCUCCAAAGCUCAGCUCCAACUUUGCGAAGGAUGCCCUAUGCAAUUCCUGCAUAAACUCUGUGAAAAGAUUGAAGGACUACAUCCUUCUAAAACUAAACUAGAACUCCAGAAGCAUCUCACAACACUAAAUAACCAGGAGCAGGCUGCUCUUUUUGAGCAGGUUCAGAAAUUAAGACCAAGAAAUGAUCAGAAAGAGAAUGAGUUGAUUAUCGCUAUUCUAAGAAACAUGUAUGAAGAAAAACAGAAGGAUCAUGUUCACAUUGGGGAAGCAAAGCAGGCUUCACAGCCUUGUGGAGAGACUACUGGAAAUGAGAUGCCAAGCAGUGCUUCCAGGUUCAGACUAGAUAUGUUGAAGAGCAAAGCUAAACGGUCACUAACAGAAUCAUUAGAAAGUAUCUUGUCACGGGGUAGUAAAGCCAGAGGUUCACUAGAAAGUUCUGGAAGUGUGGAUUUGGACAGCUCCAGUACAUUAGGCAGCACAAGUAAAGAACCAUCUUUGUGUGAAAAAGAAGGCCCACUUCCAGAGACUCCUGCCAAGACCAAUGGAUCUGUGGGAGAUGUCUCCAGUGACCCAGUUAGUCACCCCAUCGAGCAGCCUGAUAAAUUACCUCAGCAAGGCUUUCGCCGGCGAGCAAACACAUUGAGUCACUUGCCUAUCGAAUACCAGGAAUCUUUGGAACCAGUUGAAACAUCACCAUCUGUUCCACAAAGGAAACUUAUGAGGUAUCAUUCAGUGAGCACAGAGACUCCUCACAGGCGAAAUUUGAGCACAUCUGUUGGCGAGUCUGAAAGCUGUUCUGGUCAAUCUUCAGCUCCCUCUCCUCUAGCUCGUCUUAAUCCCUCGGCCUCUUCACCCACUUUUUUAAAAUAUCUAAAGCAUAAUUCAAGCAGAGAACAAUGUGGGCAUGUUGCACAAAAGAGCAUCUCCUACCGUAUUGCCCUACGGAAAAAGCUUCAUUCUUCCUCCUCUGUGCCAAAUUUCUUAAAAUUUCUGGCUCCUGUAGAUGAAAAUAACACCUCUGACUUUAGGAGCGCAAAAAGUGACUAUGAGUCUAAACAAAGCCAGCUGGAUGUUGGCAAUGACACCCCUGUAAGGACUCGCCGGCAUUCAUGGAGACAACAGAUAUUCCUUCGAGUGGCAACUCCACAGAAAGGAUGUGAUUCUCCCAGCCGACAUGAUGAUUACUCUGAAUUGGGAGAUCUUCCACCCAGGUCCCCGUUAGAACCAGUUUGUGAAGAUGGCCCCUUUGGGCCAGUGAAAGAAGACAGGAAACGGACAACUCGGGAGCUUCGAGAACUGUGGCAGAAAGCCAUUCUUCAACAGAUACUGCUCCUCAGAAUGGAAAAAGAAAAUCAAAAGUUGCAAGCUUCUGAAAACAAUUUGCUGAACAGGCGUCUGAAACUUGAUUAUGAAGAAAUCACUCCGUGCUUGAAAGAUGUAACUUUGGUUUGGGAAAAAAUGCUGAGUACACCAGGAAGGUCAAAGACAAAAAUUGACAUGGAAACAAUACAUUCUGCUGUUGGGCGAGGAGUACCACGUCAUCACAGGGGCGAGAUCUGGAAGUUUUUAGCAGAACAAUACCAUCUUAAACAUCAGUUUCCAAGUAAGCAGCAGCCAAAGGACACUCCCUACAAAGAACUCUUAAAACAAUUAACUUCCCAGCAACAUGCAAUACUUAUCGACCUUGGACGCACCUUUCCAACACAUCCUUAUUUCUCAGCACAACUGGGAGCUGGGCAGCUGUCACUCUACAAUAUUUUGAAGGCCUAUUCUCUUCUGGACCCGGAAGUAGGGUAUUGCCAGGGCCUUAGUUUUGUAGCAGGAGUUCUGCUGCUUCAUAUGACUGAAGAAGAUGCUUUUAAGAUGUUGAAGUUUCUUAUGUUUGACAUGGGCCUAAGGAAACAGUAUCGUCCCGACAUGACUAUUUUACAGAUCCAGAUGUAUCAACUUUCCAGACUUCUUCACGAUUACCAUAGAGAUCUCUACAAUCACUUGGAGGAGCAUGAGAUUGGCCCUAGUCUCUAUGCUGCUCCCUGGUUUCUGACCAUGUUUGCCUCUCAGUUUCCCCUGGGAUUUGUUGCCAGAGUGUUCGAUAUGCUCUUUCUUCAGGGAUCAGAGGUUAUAUUUAAAGUGGCUUUAAGCCUGUUGGGAAGUCACAAACCCUUGAUUCUGCAACAUGAGAACUUAGAAACCAUAGUGGAUUUUAUUAAAAACACUCUCCCAAACCUGGGCUUGGUACAGAUGGAAAAGACCAUUAAUCAAGUGUUUGAAAUGGAUAUCGCCAAGCAGUUGCAAGCUUACGAAGUUGAAUAUCACGUGCUUCAGGAUGAGUUGAUAGAUUCGUCUCUCAAUGACAAUCAGAGAAUGGAUAAGUUGGAAAAGGCAAACACUAGUUUGAGAAAACAGAACUUUGAUCUACUGGAGGAGUUGCAGGUGGCAAAUGGAAAGAUCCAAAACCUAGAAGCUACAGUAGAAUUUUUACUGAACAACGAGAGCAAAUUGAAGCAAUCCAUUCUCACUUUAGAGCUGGAGAGGAAAGCUUUGCUGCAGACAGUGGAAGAUCUACGCACGCAGACAGGCAGCCCAGGUGGAAAACAUCUACUUACUAGGCAAGAGUGCAUGGAUGCCAACUGACAGCUGCAAUUGUAAUGGAGCAGACAAGUUCCACAAAGAGAAAGGGAAGAACUGUUUUUUACUGUCAUCAUUGGGAUUUGACACUGUCUUCUUAGCAUUGUCCAUGCCUUACUGUAGCCGAGUGAGGGAAUGGGAGUGUCUGCAAAAAUAUGAGAAGCACGUUUCUCAGGGAGGAGACUCUUGCUUGUUAACUUAUAGAAUUCUUGUAAACUAUAAAAUAUGCAGUAUAAUGAUGGGCAGGAAUAAAUAACUAAAUAACAUAUGUACACUCCAGAUACAAUGUACUGUAAAUAUCUGCGGUCAUGGACUCUUCCAUAAGUGCUUCUAAACCUAAGUGCUUCAUAUUGGUUACGUGUGCUCCUUUUUCUAUUAGAAAACUCCACGUUUAAUAGGUGUUCUGUAAAAGGCUGGAGAAUUACAUCAGUGAAGUUUUUGAACUGACUCCGUCUUUUUGGGACUACAAAGUAUUAGCAUUCAUGGAUAGAUUUGUGAUCAUACUCGAUAGAUUCUGAGUGUAAUUCUCCUGUGGCUUGGCUGGGUUCCACUAAUCAUGUUGUUAAGGCCUCUGAUAACUGCUUUGUGUGCUUAAAGGUGUUAACUUAGUGGACCCUGGAGAGCUGGACUUGGUUGUACGUAACUAUAAUUGUGAAGCAUUUUGCCAUCAGUCUUUAUAAAACAUACUGUUUUAAUA